CGUGGGCUGACCCACUGGUCAGUACUCAGCCGACUAAGCGGGCGCGCAGGAGGAAGGCGUGUGGUGACUGAGCGGCCGGUCGUGGAGAGAGGUGGUGGAGAGUGAGUUCUCUGUCAUCCGUCGCCUCCUGAGAUGGAGGUCAUAGAGGGUACGAAGAAGAGAAGAAUCAGCCAUGAGGGAUACUUCUACACGCAAGAUAGCGCCAGGGGUGACACGAUUUACAUGAAGUGCAGCCAGAAAACGUCGAAAAGCUGCAAGGGAAGAGCGGUGGUGGAAAACGGCGUGGUCACCCCAACAAAAAGCCACUCACAUGCGCCAAAUCCUUCUAUCAUAGAACGGGCAAAGGCGAGGGCUGAGAUGAAGAAGCGUGCAAUGGAAACAGUUGAGCCUAUUUCGGUUAUAUGUGUCGAGGCUGAGAUGGGCAUGAGUCGCGCAGCACGUACAGACAUGCCGAAGGCAGCUGACAGCAGGCGAAACGUCAGGCGCUAUCGCACCCAAGCGCACGGUACUCCUGCCCAGCCUCUGACGGCAGAUGAGUUGGAGCUGAGAGAAGACGAUUGCUUCACGAUUGGACGACCAGGAUGCCCGCCAGAGAACUUUUUGAUCUACGACAGCAGAGACGAACCAGGACCACGCAUGCUCAUCUUUGCUAGUGACUGGGGUCUCCGUAACCUAUCGCAGUCCCCCCACUGGGGAGCAGAUGGCACGUUUCAGGUGGCUCCUGGUAUCUUCACGCAGCUAUACACAGUACAUGCCACAGUCCACGACAGGAUCGUUCCCUGCGCGUACGCGCUGCUGCCGAACAAGUCCCGUAACACAUACGUGAGGAUGUUUCUGGCGCUCCGCGAGAGGCUUCUGCUGAGAUACCCCGGCACUGACCUGACAGGAACGGUCAUCACAGAUUUGGAGAUGGCGGCGCUGCAGGCGUUUGAAGAAGUGUUCCCCGAAAAGGAACGGUCGCUAUGCUUUUUUCACUUCAGCCAGGCGGUGUGGCGCAAGACACAAGAGCUCGGCCUCGCACGUCUGUACGCAACAGAUGCUGACUUCGCUCUUAUGGUCCGCACCAUCCCUGCGCUCGCAUUCCUGCCGGCCGCUGAAGUCCCGGACAGUUUCAUGUUCCUGCUGGGGAUCCUACCACCAGAAACUCUACCAUUGACAGCAUACUUCAACGCCACAUACGUCGGAGAUGCUGAUGAGGGGCGUCGAGCAACAUUCAAGCCGGAACUAUGGAAUCAGCACGAUAGAACGGCGGCGGGACUGGCAAGAACGACGAACAACAUCGAAGGCUGGCACAGGAGGUUUAGGGGUGUGGUGGACUGUGCGAGUCCCAACAUCUACCGCCUCCUGCAACGGCUGCGUCAGGAGGAGGACCACUGGCGGGGUGAGAUUGACCGGGUGGUGGCCGGGGCGCUCCCGCGCAACCAAAAGCCCCAGUGGGCCAAGCUGGCCGAGAGGCUGACGAGGCUGGUGGACCGAAGGGACGGAGGGCACUUGACAACACUUGAGUUUCUGCGGGCUGUCGCUCACAACUACACAAUGUAAGCUGAGUGGCAGCGUGGUGCAGACUGCAGAGUGAUAAGCGUGGGUGUUUUCAUCGAAGUUGUGAUACAGUACAUGCGCUUGCACCCCGAUUCUGAUAUGGGCAUUGCCGUUGUCAAUGCAUUCCGUUAAAAAAGUGCAUGAUGCACUUCAUCACAGCCAAGAUUAAAACAUUUGUUGUGCCAACGCGAGGCACUGGGAGCAGCUCCCAAAGACUACGUGCCUACUGUUCUGUUCGUGCCAUUGUUCGCCCGACAUUGUUAUCGGCAAAAUGUGUUUUAAUAAUACAUGGUUUUGUGUGUUCUCUGUA